AUGAAGUACUUGGCCGCCUAUUUGUUGUUGAACGCCGCUGGUAACUCUGCCCCAAGCGCGGAGAACGUCAAGACCGUCUUGGAAUCCGUCGGCAUUGAGGUCGAGGAGGACAAGGUGUCGUCGCUGUUGAGCUCGUUGGAGGGCAAGUCGAUCGAGGAAUUGGUCGCCGAGGGUAACGAGAAAUUGGCCGCCGUGCCAGCGUCUUCUGGCGCUGCUGCGCCAGCUGCCGGUGCUGCCGCUGGUGGCGAGGCCGAGGAGGCCGCCCCAGAGGAAGAAGCCGAGGAGUCCGACGACGACAUGGGUUUCGGUUUGUUCGAUUAA